GAUAUAAUCAAACAUCGAGCAAAGCGGAAGUUUGAAAGUGAAAGUUUUCAUGCCUUGUUGGAGAUUGCAUUAAGGAAUUUGCUUUCUGGUUUGAGAUUUCGUCCAAGGAUUAAUUAUGUUUCUUUAAUUAUUUGCUAAAAGCAGAAGGCAGAAAGACAAAAAUUAUGCAGAGGGUGUCACAGUUUAAAGAUGUUUUGCUGUUAUUUAAAAACAUAGCCGGCUUGCAUUCAUUAUCAUAUUUGGCCUAGAAAUAUUCACUGGAUUUGAUUAGCAAAGAGGAGCCCUUUAUAGCUGCAACUGUCCAGCGAAUUUUAGCUUAAAACCAUCGUUGGGACAAUCGGCUUUUGCAAAAUGGAAGGUUCUAAAUCGCGCUUCGGUAUACUUGCCCAAUUCAUUAUUCUUGCUUUGAUAAGAGGGACCACGCCAUUGAUGGCCUAUUUUGCUGUUUCGAAUCUUGACUCCACCGGACUUGUAGUUGCAUGGAAGUCAGUUAUUAGUUUUAUGUUCUUUCUAUUUUCUGCGUCCGUGCUCUACUCUGUUAGUGGGGAGUUCAGGCAACAUAUUACAGAAAACUUCAAGGACAAACACACGUACUGGAAGCUGACGGUUCUAGGAAUCAUGCAAUCUGCAGCACCCUAUUUGCUUAUUAUUUACAGCUUAAAGUAUCUGCCACCUACCCUACUUGGUGUUUUCAUGGCUGCUACUCCGUGGUUUACGAUUCUAUUAGAGAGACUGCCAUUUGUCAAGAUAAAAUCAACAAUGAGCAGUUAUGUGAAAAUUGGUAUGAUUUUUGGUUUCCCAUCAAUCAUUCUAAUCAUGAGUCCAAUCUUGCACGAAUCUCUGGUGAACUGCAGUAAACUUGAAGUAUACAAGAACUUUACAAACCAAACCAGUUCUCACAAGAAGUUCCCAGUGAUAUACGACAUUUGCUUGAAGCCAGAAGAUCUUUUUUUUGGUACACUAGCGCUUUUUGCUGGAUCUUUUCUUUGGGCUGUUUCCUCAGUAUUUUGGAGGUCACAGAGAGGGGACAUUCAUUACAUAUCUUCAAGUAUUGGACAGAAUUUAGUAGCUGCAACUGUUGCAGCUGUAUUUUGGGCUGCCGUUGAAAUUGAAUAUCCAGAGAAUUCUUCCAGCUUGGUGGGGUACAAGACAAUAUUUGGGGUGAUGUUUUUAGGCAUUGGUACAGGCUGGCUUGCUACUGUAUUGGUUCAGUCAUUAGGCAGAAAAAUAGGCCCGAAACCAACAAAUCAAGUUUUGGCAGUUCUCCCAAUGGUUGCUUUUAUAGAAGACUGUGUCUUUGUUAAAAGCAUUGUAACUGUACAUCCAUGGCUAAUUGCACUAGAGAUCAUUGGAAUCUUGGCGUUAUCUGCAGCAGUAUUCAUGACUAACCUGCCAACCAGUAAAAAGGAUGGCCAGACUUCGAUGUUAUCAGAAAGUCUUCUCAAUCCUGAUUUCCAAUCAUACGACGGUGAUUACAGAAACAUGCAAGAGGAAAUAGAAAAAUACCGGCGUCUAGAUGGGGACUCAGAGGAAGAUUCUUCUGCUAGGGAGGAGGAAAUCACUGUAAGGCCAGCAACAGUGGAGUCAAAUGAUGAUACAGAUUACCCGCCCUUGAGGCAAAUUGUUGGUGACGACCUUGACAAAACGGCUACAUUUGGCAGGGCCUGAAAGGUACCGAGCACUGCUUUUGUUAAGAAACUCUGGAAAUUUUGGAUGUUGUUUUGUUAUAAGGAACAAGCAAGACUAUGUUUGAAAUUGGGGAAACUCGUAUGUUUUUUUAAACUUCUUUUCACAUUGAUGUAAAUUUUGCAGAAAUCAGAUUUAGACUUAUCGUGUUAAA